AUGGCCACAAUGCAUUGCACAACCAGAUCGCUCCUCGCCAGCGUAUUCAACACGCCAGUCGCCCGCGCUCCAACGAUCCCCCCCGCUUUCCUCCUCCCCUCCCUCGCCCUGCACCAAACCUCCUCCUUCUCCACCACCACCAAUCGACAUGCCCGCAAAGACCACAACCGCAAUCGUGGCGUCUCCGCCCUGCGCCGCACAGGUCUCGGUAAAAAGCAGAGGCUCUCCGUCAAGCUCGAGAACCUCCCGAAGCCAGUCCUCGACCCGGCCAAGCGCACCCCCAUCGAAGUGGACGAUGAUCACGGCCUCUGGGACUUCUUUCCACAAGACAAGAAGGCGAUGGCGACACCCGAGGAGAUGAACGCGCAUGGACGCGCGUGGACUGUGGCGGAGCUGAGGAACAAGGAUUGGGAUGAUUUGCAUCGGCUGUGGUGGGUGUGUCUCAAGGAGAUCAAUAGAUUGAACUCGUAUGCCGCGGAGCGCGAGAGGAUUGGAAAUAUGUAUGGCUUGUAUGAGAGUAAUGUGAGGAAGACUGCGAUCAGGAACACGAUGAAGGCUAUCAAGCACACUUUGACGGAGAGGUGGUAUGCUUGGGACAAUGCGCGUGUUGAGGCCAUGAACGAUGAUGAAAUCAAUAUGUAUGCGGAUCUUGACAAUGGAGAGCCUGCAUUUCUGCCAAGGAACGAUGAAUAUGAGGACGCACCAAUAUCACAACAGCAAAGCGCGCGACCCCAAGACUCGACGCUACCUCCGCCUGCGAACCCACAGCCAAGUAGUGAAGCUCGUAUCUGA